AUGGCAGACCUGAAUCUAUCCAAAAAUGUAGCCAAUAGAUAUCUAAAGCAAGAAGUCCUUGGUGAAGGUACCUAUGGAGUUGUUUACAGAGCCAUUGAUACCCACACAGGACAUACGGUUGCCAUUAAGAAAAUUCGACUUGGCAAGCAGAAAGAAGGAGUAAAUUUCACGGCUCUUAGAGAAAUUAAGUUGCUUAAAGAGCUCAAAGAUCCAAACAUUAUUGAGUUAAUUGAUGCAUUUCCACGUAAAGGGAAUUUGCAUCUUGUGUUUGAAUUCAUGGAGACAGACCUUGAAGCUGUCAUAAGAGACCGAAAUAUUUUUCUCUCCCCGGCUGAUACAAAAUCUUACCUUCAAAUGAUGCUGAGAGGUCUUGCUUUUUGUCACAAGAAAUGGGUUAUGCAUAGGGAUUUGAAGCCAAAUAAUUUGUUGAUAGGACCUAAUGGACAGCUGAAACUUGCAGAUUUUGGUUUAGCACGGAUUUUUGGAAGCCCGGAUAGAAGGUUAACUCAUCAGGUCUUCGCUCGAUGGUAUAGAGCUCCUGAACUAUUGUAUGGUACCAAGCAAUAUGGUUCAGGGGUUGAUGUUUGGGCAGCAGCUUGUCUAUUUGCUGAACUUCUUCUUCGUCGACCCUUUUUGCAGGGUUCAAGUGAUAUACAUCAAUUAGGAAAGAUUUUUGCAGCAUUUGGGACUCCAACACCUUCUCAGUGGCCUGAUAUGGUAUACCUACCUGAUUAUGUCGAAUACCGAUAUGUUCCUGCUCCCCCUUUGAGUUCUUUAUUUCCAAUGGCAAGUGAUGAUGCUUUAGACCUGUUGUCAAAGAUGUUUACAUAUGAUCCAAAAGCUAGAAUUUCAGUGCAGCAGGCACUAGAGCACAGGUACUUUUCUUCUGCACCUCUGCCUACUGAUCCAGACAAGCUCCCUAGACCUGCCGCCAAGAGGGAAUCUAGGGCUUCUGAUUUCAAUUUACAGGAGGGUCCUACUGUAUUAUCACCUCCAAGAAAGUCAAGAAGAGUGAUGCCAGGAUUGCAAGCAGAUAAGGUUGAUGGCAAUUUUGGUGAUUUCAGACAGACGGUUGGUGAUGAUACAGGCAAGAAUGAAUCAGCUCCGAUGUCUGUAUUUGGCUUAAAAUCUCCUACAAGACCUACAAUUAACAGUGCUGACAGAUCACGUUUAAAAAGAAAAUUAGUUCUAGAAUUCUAACAGCCAGAGUGAAUAUUCUAUGAUCCAAGCUUUAUCACAAGCCUUUGGGGAGUAAAAUGCAUUUGACGAAAUGCAGUGAAUCCUGGAAGGCUUGUUUAUUCUUCUCUAGGUGUGCCUAGGGAAGAGAAAGGAUUUGAAUCUUAUUGAAGCUACAUAAGUAACUUGUGCCACAAGAAAGCGGAUUGGUAAAGCUUCAAGAGGUGCCCAGAUUCCCGGUGAGUCCUCACUAGGCAGAGACGCGACCCGUGGUUGAGGCGUUGGGGACGGAUCAGUUUUUGAGUAGCUGUAGGCUGCUAACUUUUUGGAGUGCAUUUAUAUUAUUUCGUAUGUUCGCAUUUGAUAGAUCAUGAUGUUAGAUCAUUUACUUUGUAUAUGGCAUGUAUAUGUCUUGUACAUGUUCUUCAGUUUGAUGCACGUACAUUUUUGUAUUCAGGCAUGUUGAUAUGACUAUGUAGUAUUUAGUUAUGUUUAUGUAUUGGAUUGCAU